UCUCUAAACAUAAUAACAAUCUUCAUCCAAAUUGUAUCUAUAUAUUGUGUGUAUACAUCUAAAAUCUCUGCCUCAGCAUCUGCCAAACCCUAUAAAUACAAGGAGUGGUCACGGGUCGCCUCGUCCUCUCUUCUCCUUUUACUCCAUUCAUCUCUGCAAUUCUCUUUCUGCCACAGCACUUGGUUUUUUUCUUCUUUUUUUUUUCUCGCAGUAGCUUAAAAAUGGAGGCUUUGGAUUCGGCUCGUGCAUUUGUGAAAGAUGUUAAGCGUGUUGUCAUCAAGGUUGGAACUGCUGUUGUCACGCGAGCUGAUGGAAGAUUAGCUCUUGGACGACUAGGAUCACUUUGUGAGCAGAUUCACGAACUGAACAUGCAAGGAUAUGAGGUUAUUUUGGUGACUUCAGGAGCUGUUGGUGUGGGCCGCCAACGGCUAAGAUACAGGAGAUUAGUUAAUAGCAGUUUUGCAGACCUCCAAAAACCACAAGUAGAACUUGAUGGUAAGGCUUGUGCAGCUGUUGGUCAAAACGGUCUUAUGGCUCUCUAUGAUACUCUGUUCAGCCAGUUGGAUAUGACCUCAGCGCAACUUCUAGUUACUGAUAAUGAUUUCAGAGAUACCGAAUUUAGGAAGCAACUCAAUGAGACUGUCGUGUCUUUGUUGUCUCUGAAGGUUGUUCCUAUAUUCAACGAAAAUGAUGCUGUUAGUACCAGGAGAGCUCCUUAUGAGGACUCUUCUGGAAUAUUUUGGGAUAAUGACAGUUUAGCGGCUCUCCUAGCGCUGGAGCUAAAAGCUGACCUCCUUGUCCUGUUGAGUGAUGUUGACGGUCUUUAUAGUGGUCCACCAAGUGACCCACAUUCUGAGUUAAUUCAGACAUACAUUAAGGAAAGACACGAGGGAGGCAUAACUUUUGGAGACAAGUCUAGGGUUGGAAGAGGUGGUAUGACGGCUAAAGUAAAAGCUGCUGUUCAUGCUGCUGAUGCUGGCAUUCCUGUCGUUAUCACCAGUGGUUUUGCUGCUGGAAAUAUUAUAAAAGUUUUAAACGGACAGCUCGUGGGUACUCUGUUUCAUCGGGAUGCUAUUAAGUGGGUCUCACAAGGACAAUUUGGUGCACGUGACAUGGCAGUUGCAGCUAGAGAAAGUUCACGACGAUUGCAGGCUAUGCCUUCAGAAGAGAGAAGUAAAAUUUUGUUGGAUGUAGCCGAUGCUCUUGAAGCAAGUGAGAAGCUAAUAAUCGCUGAAAACGAGGCUGAUGUUUCUGAGGCACAGCUGGCUGGAUAUGAUAAAUCUUUGAUCUCUAGGCUUGCCCUGAAGCCUGGUAAGGUUUCUAGUCUUGCUAAUUCUAUCCGUGUGCUAGCAAACAUGGAGGAGCCAGUUGGUCGAGUUUUGAAGAGAACAGAGCUUUCGGAAGGAUUCAUCCUGGAGAAGAUGUCAUCUCCCCUCGGUGUUCUUUUGAUAAUUUUUGAGUCUCGACCUGAUGCACUGGUGCAAAUCGCUUCACUAGCAAUUCGGAGUGGUAACGGGCUCCUGUUAAAGGGCGGUAAAGAAGCUAGAAGAUCAAAUGCAAUCCUACAUAAGAUAAUUACUUCUGCCAUCCCGAAAAAUAUUGGGGAACGACUUAUUGGACUGGUUACUUCCAGAGAUGAGAUCCCUGAAUUGCUCAAGCUGGAUGAUGUAAUUGACCUCGUGAUUCCAAGAGGCAGCAAUAAACUUGUUUCUCAAAUUAAGGCUUCAACAAAGAUUCCUGUUCUUGGUCAUGCUGAUGGAAUCUGCCAUGUUUAUGUAGACAAGUCAGCUAAUAUUGAUAUGGCUAAGCAAAUCGUUUUGGACGCAAAGACAGAUUAUCCUGCUGCUUGCAAUGCUAUGGAAACACUGCUCGUUCACAAGGACUUGGCACAGACUGGUGGCCUAAACGAGCUUAUUGUGGAACUACAAAUUAAAGGUGUGACAAUAUUUGGUGGACCCCGAGCAAGCUCUUUACUGAAUAUUCCCGAGGCCCGUUCACUACACCAUGAAUAUAGUUCUCUCUCUUGCACUGUUGAAGUUGUGGAUGAUGUAAAUGCUGCCAUUGAUCAUAUACAUGAACACGGAAGUGGUCAUACAGACUGCAUCAUAACUGAAGAUCGUGAGGUGGCAGAUGUGUUUUUACGUCUAGUUGACAGUGCUGCUGUAUUUCACAAUGCAAGUACAAGAUUUAGUGAUGGCUUCCGUUUUGGAUUAGGUGCAGAGGUUGGCAUUAGCACAAGUCGUAUUCAUGCUCGUGGUCCUGUAGGUGUCGAGGGAUUGCUUACAACACGAUGGCUUGCAAGAGGAAGUGGGCAAGUUGUAAAUGGUGACAAAGACAUUGUUUACACUCACAAGGACUUAAGUCUGCAAUCUUAAGACCAAGCAUCUGGUAAAAUUAUGACAUGUCUAUUUUACGUCACAUGUCCGAGGAUCGGCUGUUCCUGUGUACUAUGAUAUUAGAUUCUAGCUAACAAAAACUUCAUGAGAAUCACAACUCGAACGAUAUAAAUUAUUGUUUUUAAAAAAUUAUGAUAUUUACGCUUCAGAUUGUUGCUUGGAUUGCGCAGUUUAGUUUCGUGAGUUCACUUUCAAUAUUUGAAGGAUGGCUGCUUUUUUCUAGCUUCUUACUUCAAAUAUGAAAUUUGUGGCAACAGCAUAAUAAAAUCUCUGAUAUUAUUUAAUUGUUGUUCUUGUUUU